AAAAAUACCGGCCGAUGUUGCGGGGAAACCCUAAAAUGAAAGGAUAAGGGCGACCUUGUGAGGAGGAGAACAAGAGGGCAAGCUAUUGCGCUGGAUCUCUACCUCAACCUCCGAAAGUAUAUCAGACAUUAUGGUUGCUUCCUUCUCAUUAAUGGAGAAUUCUUACUGGUGCUCUUCAGCACAAUUCGAAAAGAAGAAGGCGAAACACCCCAAGGAAUCACAGACGAGGAGUCCUUCCAUCUCAGCAUUUCAGGAAGGUUUACUUUGUAGACGUUUAACAGUUCUAGGCAGCGGCUUUUCAUUGGUUUCUAUUUCUUCUUUGCCACUAAAAGCUGAAGAGAAAAGUGGAAAGGAAGAAGAGGGUGAUAAUGGGGUUAUAGGUGCAAUUACAUCUUUGUUUGAUCCUAACGAGAAAACAAAGAGUGGAAAAGUGCUACCGAAGGCUUACGUGAAGGCUGCGAGAGAAGUAGUGAAAACUCUGAAACAGUCGCUUGAGGAAGAUGAUAAGAAUGUUGCUAAAUUUAGGAGAGCUGCUGAUGCUGCAAAGGAAGCUAUCCGAGAAUAUUUGACUGGUUGGCAAGGGAAGAAAGUGGUUGUUACUGAGGAAUCAUAUGCUGCACUGGAAAAGGCCAUAAGAUCACUGGCGAACUUCUACUCGAAGGCUGGCCCUUUUGCUCCUCUUCCUGAUGAGGUGAAGUCGAACAUUUUGCAGUAUUUGAAUACCGCUGAUGCUAACAUAUGAGGAAUUGAACAUGAGGAUGUAUAUUUGAUGGCUAUUUAUAAGAAGGGGGCAUUUACAUACAUACCACUCA